AUGGCGGAAGAAUAUUCAAAUGUUGCUCAGCUUUUUAGCGAGUUAGCCACCCGAUUGCGCAGUUUUCCAGUACCAAAUGCUUCGAAUUCACCAAACCAAACGAAUAACAGCAACUCGGUUACUCAAACAACGCCAAUUCCAAAUGUUCUAAAUUCUUCAACAAAUUCUGUAAAUGAAACUGCUGUAGUGACUGCAAGCAGAGCUUCGACUUCGUCGAGGACGCAUAAUGAACUGCAAACCCUUUUCCCUCAUCAUUUUACCUCAACUUCUAGUCAGAGAAAUACUUCUGGCUCAAGUUCAAGAAAAAGAAGAAAAAAUAAUCAACAUAAUGGCAAGAAUAAUAAGAAAUCCAAUGUGAAAUGUCUUACAAGAAAAUUUGUCUGUUUAUCAGACAAAGACCAGCAGGAGGUGCCUGAACGUGAAGAAAUGCGAGAGUUAUUAGUCCAUGGGCUUGGCGAAAUUAAAGUAGCUAUACCAGAAGAUGCAAAUGAAAAGGCUAUUAGAGACAUAUUGAUUGAAUCAUUUCCUAAGCUUAAAGACAGUGGUGGGUUUGAACUUAUGUAUACUGAGUGUAGAAAAAAAGAUCUUUCUGUUAUUCCUCCAGGGCCUGAUGGUAUCUCAAUGAAGUACCUGGCAUCAUUCAUUGCUCAAGGAAAGAUAUAUGUCCGGCCCAUUCAACAAGAUCUCUCUAUUGAAGAAGAUGAAGUUGAAGCUGUUGAAGUUGAAAAAGAGCAAUGCAUGAAUUGCUGUCUCAUGGUUGACAUUCAUCUUUUAAGAGAGCAUCAUCAAAUCUGCACUGAAGAUGAAAUACAACCAACAGGUACUACUGUGUUCUAA